AUGGGGGUUGACGAGUUUUUGGCCCUCUUGGGCGAGGAAGUUGAGGAUCCAGACGAGGAAACCUUUCUCCUCUUCUCCCAGCCCAUCCCUUCCCAGAACCUAGGCUUCCUGGACCCCAAGGCCUCGGAGCUCGAGGUCGCCGUCGGGGGCAGGAGUACACGAUCCAGCAGUCGCCGGGGGUCUUGGAGUCGUCUCGCGCCGGUGGCACGACGGGUGCAGUCCUCUGGAAAAUCACCCCCUCUUCGCAUCCUGGCUCGCCUCCCCCACAAACCCCUCUUCACCACCUCCCUCCUCACCCCUACCUCGUGCGUCCUCGAGCUCGGCUGCGGUACCUCUGGCCUCAUCGGCCUCGCCGCCGCCCGCCGCGUCGCCCGCUACACCCUCACCGACCAACCCUACGUCGCCCGCGUGCUGUCCGCCAACUUGGCAGCUAACAACACCCUUGCCAAGACGACGCCGUCCGGCGCCGCGAGAAAGGAAAAAGCCAAGGGAAAGGCCAGCAAUACCCGUGGCGUCGUCAGUGGCGUCGUCACUAGCGGCAGUGGCGGCAGCGGCGACGUAGUGGCCUUUGCGCCCCUCGACUGGGAGCUCGACGUGCCCACCCCGCCCUGA